ACUUAAGAACACCAUCUCCUGGUCUUUCUGCUUGCUCUGUCUUAACAGAUCAAGUAUGGAAACAACUUUGCCACACUUGAGAAUGCAUUUGAUAUCAGCUUUUAUCAGCCUCAUCCUCGUUAUACAUCAAACUCACUCCAACACUUAUAUUGCCUAUGCUUCCUAUCUUGGAAAUGAAACCGACAGGGCGGCAUUGCUCGCCUUUCAAGAACAAGAUGAUUGAAGAUCCUCAAGAGAUUGUAAGUUCUUGGAAUGAGUCUCUUAGUCACUGCAAUUGGCUAGGAGUUUCUUGCAGUCGCCGCCAUGGGAAGAGUCACCGCCCUCAACUUGAAUAAUCAAAAGCUCAUUGGCACAAUACCUCCUGACAUUGGGAAUCUCACCUUCUUGAGGCGUGUUCAUCUAGAGGCGAAUCGGCUCCGAGGCAACAUUCCAGAAGAGUUCGGGAGGUUGUUUAGACUGAAGACUCUUGGCCUCUUGAAAAAUGAACUUGAAGGGGAGAUACCGCGAAAUUUGUCAUCUUGUGUAGGUAUGCAAUUCCUCUUUUUGCAAUACAAUCAACUCAGCGGAAGAAUACCUGACGAGCUUCGGUAUUUAGCUGAAAGAGAACUCAUUAUUUUUGGGGUCUCAGUGAAUGAUCUUAUUGGGAGAAUUCCAAGUUGGUUGGGGAAUGGAUCUUCACUUAUAGAGUUAUAUAUGGGGCAUAAUGAACAAAGAGGUCGAAUACCAGCCGAUGCUUGGAAGCAUCUCAAAAUUAAAGACCCUCAAUUUACAUUAUAAUAAUCUAACGGGAUGCAUCCCCUCUUCCGUAUACAAUCUCAUAUCACUUGUCUACUUUGAAGUAGGGGGUAAUAGCCUACAUGGUGAAAUCCCACCAGAUUUGGAAACUAUUUUCCUCAUUUUGGGGGCUUUACAUCACAUUUAAUCGAUUUUCAGGGCAAGAAUCGAUUUUCAGGCAAGUACCACAUUCACUACCUAACGCUACUGGACUUGAAGACUUGUUUUCACUUCUAAUAGCUUUACGGGGAAUGUGCCUGCCAAUCUUGGAAACUUGAGGAAUCAUACAAUGAUUAGUUUUAGCAAGAACCAAUUCCAAACAGGUUUGACAGCUUAAAUUUCCUCACUGAGUUUACCAAUUGCACUAAACUCAAAGUGUUAGAUUUCGGACACAAGAAAUUAAAGGUGAAAUACCUGCUUACGUUGCUAAUUUGACGAAUACGCUUCUGUUCUUACUGGGAUCAAAUCAGAUCACAGGUCAUAUCCCUCCAGAAAUUGAGAAGCUAAAUGGUCUACAGGUCUUGGCGUUGUACAACAAUAGCAUCAGCGGUGAGAUUCCCCAUGGCAUUGGUAAGCUCAAAAAUUUGACCUAUCUUUUGCUAUGGGGCAAUAGGAUUUUAGGGGCAAUUCCUUCCUCUCUUGGAAACGCCACCCAAUUGCUUCUCCUGCAACUUCAGAUAAAUCAAUUAGAAGGUGAAAUUCCUCCGAGCCUUGGAUGGUGUCAACAAUUGCUAUCACUAGCACUAUCGAUAACAACCUUAACGGUACAAUACCCAAAGAGGUCAUUGGUCUUUCUUCUCUGUCCAAUUGUUUCCAAGCUGCUCGAAAUUCCUUAACGGGGCCAUUACCUUUUGAAGUGAGUAACAUGAGCAAAAUUGUGAAUGUCGACCUCUCUGACAACAAGCUGACUGGAGAAAUACCAAGCGCUUUGUCCCAAUGUCUGAUGUUGCGAAGCUUGAACAUGGCAGGUAAUCUAUUUGAAGGAAGUAUACCGCCUUCUUUAAGGACCCUGAUUGGCCUUCAGUCACUAGAUCUCUCAAGAAACAAUUUUUCCGGUCAUAUUCCCAUCUAUUUCGUGAAUUUUACUGUGCUCGAAGUGUUGAAUUUGUCAUUCAACAACCUUGAAGGAGAGGUACCGCGGGAGGGAUUUUCAACGAUACAAAACGCAUAUCGAUAAUCGGAAACAAAGAACUAUGUGGGGGCAUCAAGGAACUCGGACUUCCCGCAUGCAAAGUUUACGACACAAAGAAGAGGAGAAAGUUUCCAAAACUGAAAUUAUCUUUCGUAAUAACUGUCUCGCUUUUGAUCGUGUUAACAUGCUUCAUUGUUGUUGUGUAUUGGAGGAGGAAAUCUAUGAUGAGACCUAGCGUUGCAUUUUCAAUAGAUGAGCGCUUCCGAAAGGUAUCCUAUGCAGAGCUCCGCCAAGUGACCAAUGACUUCUCUCCAUCUAAUUUGAUUGGCCAAGGGAGCUAUGGCUUUGUGUAUAGAGGAAUGCUAGAUGGAAAUCAACCGGUGGCAGUGAAAGUGCUCAACCUAAAACGAAAGGGGGCUUUUAAGAGCUUCUUGGCAGAAUGUGAAGCGUUGAGAAACAUACGCCACAGAAAUCUUGUCAACAUCAUCACAGUCUGCUCGAGCAUUGAUUUCACAGGUGCAGAAUUUAAGGCUUUAGUCUAUGACCUAAUGCAAAAUGGUAGUUUAGAACAGUGGUUGCACCUUGGAGUAAAUCAGCAUGACAUGCCAAAGCUCAAUCUCAACCAGAGGUUAGACAUUGCCAUUGAUGUGGCUUCUGCCAUUGAAUAUCUUCACCACCAUUGCCAAACAAGCAUCGUACAUGGCGAUCUAAAGCCAAGCAAUGUUCUUCUUGAUCAUGACAUGGUGGCUCAAGUGUGUGAUUUUGGGCUAGCGCGAUUUCUUCAUGGAAGCACAAAUCUAGAUGUUUCUCAAUGUCAAGCAAGCUCUAGCAACUUAAAAGGAACCAUUGGCUAUGUAGCUCCAGAAUAUGGCCUUGGCGGUACUUCAUCGUUGCAGGGAGAUGUGUAUAGCUUCGGAAUACUGUUGCUCGAGAUGUUCACUGGAAUAAGACCUACUGAUGUUAUGUUCAAAGAUGGAUGGACCCUCCAUGAAUUUGUCAAGACUACUCAGCACAAAAGCUUGGUGCAGAUCCUAGAGCCUUCACUGCUAUCUAUGGAAAGGAUCGACAAUGGCCAAAUUAGUGAUGCCGACAUGGUGAGAUUUGAGGAAAGCAUUGCAGACAUAAUGAGAAUUGGAGUCCUCUGCUCAAUGAAACUUCCAAAUGAGCGCAUGGACAUGAUGAAUGCAUUAUCUGAGUUAUGUGCUAUCAAAGACAAGUUUCUCAAGCGUGGCAUGUAAGAUUAGGAAGAGGAUUUAACAUCUCCUAUUGCAUUUCCAAUUACUUUUUAGUUUCUUCCCGAUGUUUGAAUGCGAAUGCAAAAUGCAAGUCUUAUUUUUCAUGUAUGUGAGAGGCAGAGAAUUCGUUAUCUCUAUAUC